GCUGCGGCAGUCAAGCCCGGGGCAGGGGACGCGGCGCGACUCUUUGGCGCGGGCGCCCGGAGUGGACUUGCGGGGACACCACGAUGCCGGCAGCCGCUGGGCUCCUGCUACUGCUGCUGCUGCUGCUGCCCCUGGGGACCCUCGCGGCCGCUCAGGGUCAUGGGGCCCUGCAGCGGAGGCAGCCCCAGGCACACCAGCAGAGAGGUUUAUUCCCUGCUGUCCUGAAUCUUGCUUCCAACGCGCUCAUCACGACCAAUGCGACCUGUGGAGAACGAGGCCCCGAAAUGUACUGCAAGCUGGUGGAGCACGUCCCCGGGCAGCCCGUGAGGAAUCCCCAGUGCCGGAUCUGCAAUCAGAACAGCAGCAACCCCAGCCAGAGACAUCCAAUUACAAAUGCUAUCGAUGGAAAGAACUCUUGGUGGCAGAGCCCCAGUAUAAAGAAUGGAAUCGAAUACCAUUAUGUGACAGUUACCCUGGAUUUACAGCAGGUGUUCCAGAUCGCCUACGUGAUUGUGAAGGCGGCCAACUCCCCUCGGCCGGGAAACUGGAUUUUGGAGCGCUCCCUGGAUGACGUUGAAUACAAGCCCUGGCAGUACCACGCAGUGACGGACUCCGAGUGCCUGAGCCGCUACGGCAUUUUCCCCCGCACCGGCCCUCCGUCCUACGCCCAGGACGACGAGGUCAUCUGCACUUCCUUUUACUCCAAGAUCCACCCUUUAGAAAAUGGAGAGAUCCACAUUUCCUUGAUCAAUGGGAGACCGAGUGCUGCUGACCCUUCUCCUGAGUUGCUGGAGUUCACCUCUGCCCGGUACAUCCGUCUGAGAUUUCAGAGGAUCCGCACCUUGAAUGCUGACUUGAUGAUGUUCGCUCACAAAGACCCAAGAGAAAUUGACCCCAUUGUCACAAGAAGAUAUUACUACUCUGUCAAGGACAUUUCGGUCGGAGGGAUGUGCAUCUGCUAUGGCCAUGCCAGGGCUUGUCCGCUUGAUCCAGCCACAAAUAAAUCACGCUGUGAGUGUGAGCAUAACACGUGCGGUGAGAGCUGUGACCAGUGCUGCCCAGGAUUCCAUCAGAAACCAUGGAGAGCUGGGACCUUCCUGACAAAGACGGAAUGCGAAGCAUGUAAUUGCCAUGGAAAAGCUGAAGAAUGCUAUUAUGAUGAAAACGUUGCCAGAAGAAACCUGAGCUUGAAUACACAUGGAAAGUACAUCGGAGGGGGUGUGUGCAUUAACUGCACACAGAACACCGCUGGCAUCAAUUGUGAGACUUGUGUUGAUGGCUUCUUCAGACCCAAAGGGGUAUCACCAAAUUAUCCGAGACCAUGCCAGCCUUGUCACUGUGAUGCAGCCGGUUCCCUAAGUGAAAUCUGUGUCAAGGAUGAGAGAUCCGCUCGCCUAGGUUCGGCCCCUGGAUCCUGUCAUUGCAAAGCGGGCUUUGGAGGGGUGAGCUGCGAUCGCUGUGCCAGGGGUUACGCUGGCUACCCCAACUGCCAGCCCUGUAACUGCAGCGGCUCAGGGAGCACAGACGAGGACCCUUGUCUUGGGCCGUGUAACUGCAAGGAGAAUGUUGAAGGAGGAGACUGCAGUCAUUGCAAAUCUGGCUUCUUCAAUUUGCAAGAGGAUAAUCCAAAAGGCUGCGAUGAGUGUUUCUGUUCAGGAGUUUCAAACAGAUGUCAGAGUGCCUACUGGACCUAUGGCAAUAUACAAGACAUGAGUGGCUGGUAUUUGACUGACCUCUCCGGCCGUGUCCGAGUGGCCCCCCACCACGACAGCUCUGGGUCGCCUGAGCAGAUCAGCAUCAGCACCGUGGAGGCCCGGCGAGCCUUGCCAGACAGCUACUACUGGAGCGCACCAGCCCCAUAUUUGGGAAACAAAUUCCCUGCUGUAGGAGGACAGUGGACCUUUACCAUCUCCUACGACCUUGAGGAGGAGGAGCCAGAGUCAGAAAAUGUUCUCCAGCUGAUGACUGUCUUAGAGGGAAAUGACUUGAGAAUCAGCACGGCCCAAGAGGAGGUGUAUCUGCAGCCAUCUGAAGAGUACAUUAAUGUCUUGUCACUUAAAGAAGACUCAUUUACUAUACAUGGCACACAUUUCCCAGUCAGUAGAAAAGAUUUUAUGACGGUGCUUGGCAAUCUGGAGAGAGUCCUCAUCCAAACCACUUACAGCUUUGGGAUGGAUGCCAUCUUCAGGUUGAGUGAUGUUGGCCUUGAGACUGCUGUCCCCUAUCCAACUGAUGGAAGUGUGGCCACUGCUGUGGAAGUUUGCCAGUGUCCACCAGGGUACAGUGGCUCCUCCUGUGAAUCUUGUUGGCCUCGGCACAGAAGAGUUAACGGCACUAUUUUCGGUGGCCUCUGUGAGCCAUGUCACUGCCUUGGCCACGCGGACGCCUGCGAUGAUGUUACUGGUGAAUGUCUGAACUGCAAGGAUCACACAGGUGGUCCCUACUGCAACCUGUGUCUUCCUGGUUUCUAUGGUGAUCCUACCCAAGGGACCCCUGAAGACUGCCAGCCCUGUGCCUGUCCACUCAGCAUCCCAUCCAAUAACUUUAGCCCGACCUGCCACUCAGACCGGAGUCUUGGGCUGAUCUGUGAUGAAUGCCCCGUCGCGUACACAGGACCACGCUGUGACAGGUGUGCAGAAGGCUACUUUGGACACCCUUCUGUACCUGGAGGAUCAUGUCAGCCCUGUCAAUGCAAUGACAACCUUGACUUCUCCAUCCCUGGCAGCUGUAACAGCCUGUCUGGCUCCUGUCUGAUAUGCAAGCCAGGUACAACAGGCCAGUACUGCGAGCUCUGUGCGGAUGGCUAUUUCGGAGACGCAGUUGGUGCAAAGAACUGUCAGCCUUGUCAUUGUGACACCAAUGGUUCCACCUCUGAGAUCUGCCACAGUGGUACCGGACAGUGUGAAUGCAGACCCAACGUGCAGGGCCGGCGGUGUGAUCGGUGCAAGCCUGAAACCUUUGGCUUGCAAUCAGCGAGGGGCUGUGUUCCCUGCCACUGCAACUCUUUUGGGUCCAAAUCAUUCGACUGUGAAGAGAGUGGACAGUGUUGGUGCCAGCCUGGAGUCACAGGGAAGAAGUGUGACCGUUGUGCCCAGGGCUACUUCAACUUCCAAGAAGGAGGCUGCACAGCCUGUGACUGUUCUCAUCUGGGUAAUAACUGUGACCCCCAAACGGGUCAGUGCAUCUGUCCCCCCAACACCAUUGGAGAGAGGUGCUCUUCAUGUGCACCCAAUACCUGGGGUCACAGCAUCGUCACUGGCUGUAAGGCUUGUAACUGCAGCACAGUGGGGUCGCUGCAUUUGCAGUGCAACAUAAACACAGGCCAGUGUGACUGCCGUCCACAGUUCUCCGGAGUACAAUGUACGGCCUGCACGCACGGCCACUGGAGCUAUCCUCACUGCGUCCUCUGUGAUUGCUUCCUGCCGGGCACGGAGGCUGCCACCUGUGACUCCGAGACUAAAAUAUGCUCCUGCAGCGAUCCAACUGGGCAGUGCACGUGCAAGGUGAACGUGGAAGGCAUCCACUGUGACAGGUGCCAGUCAGGCCACUUUGGUCUGGAUGCCAGGAACCCACGUGGCUGCAGCAGUUGCUAUUGCUUCGGUGCUACAAGUCAGUGCUCAGAAGCCAAAGGCCUCAUCCGUACACGGGUGACUCUAGCAGCAGAGCAGACCAUUCUGCCCCUGGUGGACGAGGUGCUGCAGCACACGACCACCAAAGGCAUCGCUUCCCAACCCCCAGAGAUUGUUGCAGACAUGAAGUUGGUGAGACAGGAUCUCCAGUUGGAGCCUUUUUAUUGGAAACUCCCAGAACAAUUUGAAGGAAGGAAGCUGAUGGCCUAUGGGGGCAAACUCAAGUAUGCAAUCUAUUUUGAAGCUCGAGAAGAGACAGGAUUCUCGACAUAUAAACCUCAAGUCAUCAUUCGCGGUGGUUCUCCUCGUGCUAGAAUAAUCGUCAGACAUAUGGCUGCACCCCUCAAUGGUCAACUGACAAGGCAUGAAAUUGAAAUGACAGAGAAAGAAUGGAAAUAUUAUGGUGAUGAUCCUCGAAUCAGUAGAACUGUGAGCCAUGAAGACUUCAUGGAUACACUGUAUGAUAUCCAUUAUCUUCUCAUCAAGGCUACCUAUGGAAAUAUCAUGCGACAAAGCAGGGUUUCUGAAAUCUCAAUGGAGGUGGCCCAGCCAGGACAGACGGCAGCAGUGACUCCUCCUGCUGACCUCAUAGAGAAGUGCGAUUGUCCCUCUGGCUACGAGGGCCUGUCCUGUGAGACGUGCUCACCGGGAUUUUAUCGCCUGCGUCCUGAACCAGGUGGCCGCAGCCCUGGACCCACCCUGGGCGCUUGUGUUCCCUGCCAGUGUCACGGACACAGCGACCGGUGCGACCCUGAGACGUCCGUGUGCCAGGAUUGUCAGCAUCACACUGCUGGUGAUUUCUGUGAGCAGUGUGCACUGGGAUACUAUGGAAUCGUCAAGGGACUGCCAAACGACUGUCAGCAAUGUGCUUGUCCUCUGAUUUCUUCCAGCAACAAUUUCAGCCCCUCUUGUGUCGCGGAAGGCCUAGAUAACUACCGCUGCACUGCAUGUCCACGCGGCUACGAAGGCCAGUACUGUGAAAGGUGUGCCCCUGGCUACGCCGGCAGUCCGAGCAGCCCAGGAAGCUCCUGCCAAGAAUGUGAGUGUGAUCCCUACGGCUCGCUGCCGGUACCCUGUGACCCGGUCUCAGGCCUCUGCAUGUGCCGCCCGGGAGCCACAGGGCGCAAGUGUGACGGCUGCCAGCCCGGCCAUGCACGCGAGGGCGCGGCGUGUGUCUUUUGCGGAGAUGAAUGUACUGGCCUUCUUCUCGGAAGUCUUGCUCACCUGGAGCAGAUGACCAUGAGAAUCAACCUCACUGGCCCUCUGCCUGCGCCAUACAAAAUCCUGUAUGGUCUGGAAAAUACGACGCAGGAGCUAAAGCACCUACUCUCCCCUCAGCGGGCCCCAGAGAAGCUCAUUCAUCUGGCAGAGGACAAUCUGAACACACUGGUGACAGAAAUGAAUGAGCUUCUGACCAGGGCCACCAAAGUGACAGCAGAUGGCGAGCAAAUGGGACAGGAUGCUGAAAGGACGAACACGAGAGCAAAAUCCUUAGGAGAAUUCAUGAAGGAGCUUGCCCGGGAUGCGGAAGGUGUAAAUGAAAAAGCUGUAAAACUAAAUGAAACUCUAGGAACUCAAGACAAGGCUUUUGAGAGAAACUUGCAAGAGCUUCAGAAAGAGAUUGAUCAGAUGAUGACUGAACUGAGAAGGAAAAAUCUAAAUGCACAAAAGGAAACUGCAGAAGAUGAGUUAGUAGCUUCAGAGGGCCUGCUGAUGAAAGUGAACAAGCUGUUUGGAGAGUCCAGGGGCAAAAAUGAAAGAAUGGAGAAAGAUCUGCAGGAAAAGCUGGCUGACUACAACAACAAACUUGAUGACGCUUGGGACCUGCUGAGAGAAGCCACAGAUAAAAUCAGAGAAGCAAACCGUUUAUCUACAGCCAAUCAAAACAACAUGACUGCUCUGGAGAAAAGGAAGGAGGCUGUUGAGAGUGGCAAACAACAAAUUGAAAACACUUUAAAAGAGGGUAAUGAUGUACUUGGUGAAGCCAGCCGACUUGCAGAUGAAAUCAACUCAGUCAUAGAGUAUGUUGAAGACAUUCAAACUAAAUUGCCUCCGAUGUCGGAGGAGCUCAAGGAUAAAAUAGAUAAGCUCUCCCAAGAAGUCAAGGAUAAGAAGCUUGCUGAGAGGGUGUCCCGAGCUGAGAGCCACGCCGCUCAGCUGAAUGACUCCUCCGCUGUCCUUGAUGGAAUCCUCGAUGAGGCUAAGAACAUCUCCUUCAAUGCCACUGCAGCCUUCAAUGCCUACAGCAAUAUUAAGGACUACAUUGAUGAAGCUGACAAGGUUGCCACAGAAGCCAAAGGUCUUGCCCUUGAAGCUACAAAACUGGCAACAAGUCCUCGAGGUUUGCUAAAGGAAGAUGCUAAAGGCUCUCUUCAAAAAAGCUUCCGGAUUCUAAAUGAGGCAAAGAAGUUAGCAAAUGACGUAAAUGAAAAUGACGCACAUCUCCGUGGCUUGACCACCCGGUUAGAAAAUGCCGAGGCUAGAAAUGUUGACCUCCUGCAAGCUUUGAAUGCCACUGUAGGAAAGUUAUCAACCAUUCCAAAUGACACAGCCACCAAACUGCUAGCUGUUAAGGACAAAGCCAGACAAGCCAACGACACAGCGAAAGAUGUACUGGCCCAGAUUAAAGAUCUCCACCAGAAUCUUGAUGACCUGAAGAAAAAUUACAAUAGACUGGCAGCCAGUGUGGCCGAAACGAACGCUGUACUAAAAGAUCCUUCUAAGAACAAAAUCAUUACAGAUGCAGACGCCACGGUGAAAAGUCUCGAACAGGAAGCUGAUCGACUCCUAGACAAACUCAAACCCAUCAAGGAAUUGGAGGAUAACCUCAAGAAAAAUAUCUCUGAGAUAAAAGAAUUGAUAAACCAAGCCCGGAAGCAAGCCAAUUCCAUCAAAGUGUCUGUCUCUUCGGGAGGUGACUGCAUUCGAACAUACAAGCCAGAAAUCAAGAAAGGAAGCUACAACAAUAUUAUUAUCCAUGUCAAGACGGCUGUUGCUGACAACCUCCUUUUUUAUCUCGGGAGUGCCAAAUUUAUUGACUUCCUGGCUAUAGAAAUGCGUGGAGGCAAAGUCAGCUUCCUGUGGGAUGUUGGCUCUGGAGUGGGGCGCGCGGAGUACCCAGAUAUGACUAUCAAUGACGCCUCUUGGUACCGCAUUGAAGCAUCAAGAACGGGGAGAAAUGGGUCCAUUUCCGUGAGAGCCCUGGAUGGACCCAAAGCCAGUAUUAUGCCUACUACCCACUACUCAGCAUCUCCUCCAGGCUACACCAUCCUAGACGUGGAUGCAAAUGCGAUGCUGUUCGUCGGAGGCCUGACUGGAAAGUUAAAGAAGGCUGAUGCUGUACGUGUGAUUACAUUCACCGGCUGCAUGGGAGAAACAUACUUUGACAGCAAACCUAUAGGUUUGUGGAAUUUCCGAGAAAUAGAAGGUGACUGCAAAGGAUGCACUGUCAGUCCUCAGGUGGAAGACAGUGAUGGGACUAUCCAGUUUGAUGGAGAAGGCUAUGCCUUGGUCAGCCGCCCCAUUCGCUGGUACCCCAAUAUCUCCACCAUCAUGUUCAAGUUCCGGACAUUUUCCUCAAGUGCUCUCCUGAUGUAUCUUGCCACACGGGACCUGAAAGAUUUCAUGAGUGUAGAGCUGGCUGAUGGACACAUAAAAGUCAGCUAUGAUCUGGGUUCGGGAAUGGCUUCUGUUGUCAGCAAUCAAAACCAUAAUGAUGGGAAAUGGAAAUCAUUCACCCUGUCAAGGAUUCAAAAACAAGCCAACAUAUCAAUCAUAGAUAUUGAUACUAACGGGGAGGAGAACAUAGCAACUUCAUCUUCUGGAAACAACUUUGGUCUUGAUUUGAAAGCUGACGACAAAAUAUAUUUUGGUGGCCUGCCAACCUUGAGAAACCUGAGUAUGAAAGCAAGGCCGGAAGUAAACGUGAGGAAAUAUUCUGGCUGCCUCAGCGACAUUGAAAUUUCGAGAACCCCGUACAACAUCCUCAGCAGCCCUGACUACGUUGGUGUGACCAAAGGGUGCUCACUUGAGAACGUGUACACUGUGAGCUUCCCCAAGCCAGGUUUCGUGGAGCUGGCUCCUGUGCCCAUUGGUGUAGGGACUGAAAUCAAUCUGUCCUUCAGCACCAAGAAGGAAUCGGGGAUCAUCCUCCUGGGAAGUACGGGGUCCCCGAUACCGCCCAGGAGGAAACGGAGGCAGACUGGACAGGCCUACUAUGCCAUCCUCCUCAACAAAGGCCGGCUGGAGGUGCACCUCUCCACGGGGACACGGACAAUGAGGAAAACCGUCAUCAGACCAGAGCCAAGUCUGUUUCAUGAUGGGAGAGAACAUUCCGUUCAUGUGGAGAGAACACAGGGCCUCUUCACGGUUCAAGUCGAUGAAAACCGAAGACAUACGCAAAAUCUGACCAUUGAGCAGCCCAUUGAAGUCAAAAAGCUUUUCGUGGGGGGCGCUCCACCUGAAUUUCAACCUUCCUCGAUCCAGAAUAUCCCUUCUUUUGAAGGCUGUGUGUGGAAUCUUGUUAUUAACUCUGUUCCCAUGGACUUUGCACGGCCUGUAUCCUUCAAAAAUGCGGACAUCGGUCGCUGUGCCCAUCAGAAACCUGGGGAGGAUGAAGAAGGAACCUUUCCAGCAGAAGUCCUCAUCCCGCCAGAGCCAGUGGCCACCCCAGCCCUCCCUGCACCAACGCCCGCGCUGGCACACGGUCCUUGUGCUGCAGAAGCAGAGCCCACUCUUUUAAUGGGGAGCCAGCAGUUUGGGCUUUCGAGAAACAGUCACGUUGCAGUUGCAUUCGAUGACACCAAAGUUAAAAACCGCCUCACGAUUGAACUGGAAGUGCGAACUGAGGCAGAAUCAGGCUUGCUCUUUUACAUGGCCCGCAUCAAUCAUGCUGACUUUGCCACAGUGCAGCUCAGGAAUGGCCUGCCUUACUUCCGCUAUGACCUGGGGAGUGGGGACACCAGUACUAUGAUCCCCACCAGAAUCAAUGAUGGCCGGUGGCACAAGAUUAAGAUUAUGCGAAAUAAGCAAGAAGGGAUUCUUUAUGUAGAUGACGCCUCCAACAGAACCACCAGUCCCAAGAAAGCAGACAUCCUGGAUGUUGUGGGAUUGCUAUAUGUCGGUGGGUUACCUGUCAACUACACCACUCGGAGAAUUGGUCCAGUGACCUACAGCAUUGAUGGCUGCAUCAGGAACCUGCACAUGGAAGAGGCCCCCAUUGAUAUCACACAGCCGACCUCCAGCUUCCGUGUUGGGACAUGUUUCCUGAAUGCUCAGAGAGGCACCUACUUCGAUGGAACAGGUUUUGCCAAAGCAGUUGGUGGAUUCAAAGUAGGAUUGGACCUUCUGAUUGAAUUUGAAUUCCGGACCACUAGAAGCACAGGGGUCCUUCUGGGAAUCAGCAGUCAGAAAAUGGACGGGUUGGGCAUCGAGAUGAUUGAUGGGCAGCUUAUGUUUCAUGUGGAUAAUGGCGCCGGUCGUUUCACUGCCAUCUACAAUGUGGGGACCCCAGGGUAUCUGUGUGACGGACAGUGGCAUAAAGUCACUGCCAACAAGAUCAAACACCACCUGGCGCUCACCGUCGAUGGGAACCAGGUGGAGGCGCAGAGCCCCAACCCGGCAUCAACGUCGGCCGACACCAAUGACCCUGUGUUUGUCGGCGGUUUCCCAGAUGGCCUCAACCAGUUUGGCUUGACCACCAGCAUUGGGUUCCGAGGCUGCAUUCGGUCCUUGAGGCUCACUAAAGGAACAGGCAAGCCCCUGGAGAUUAACUUCACCAAGGCCCUGGACCUGAAGGGUGUCCAACCUGUAUCAUGCCCAGCCAACUAGUAAAAAUCAGCUUAACUCCAAAAGGGUGCAUGAAAACAAGCAUAUCAUGUAGAAUACAUAUAUCUUACCUAUGUAUAUUGAUAAAACUAAUCUGUGCACGUAUAUAGAAUGCUCUAUGUUCAGGUGGAGCUAAUUCAGAUCCCAGUUGGAUUCUAAUUCAACCUCUCUCAAGUUUAUGAAUAUUAAACCAAUUAUUUCAUUUCAACAAUUGCUUGUUUUGUGUGAUUUUAAGGAUAUGAAUUUGUAAAUUACUAAGUUUUCAGUAUGCCAUGGAGUCAUCUCAAAAAAAAAGAGCUCAGACAUAAUAUGUGAAGGCAACUGUUUUUAAACUGACUCCUACUAAUACUUUUAUCUUUCUUUUCCAUGUAUGUUGGCCCUGGCUUUCUGUUCAAGCCACUGAAGACAAGUGGAUUUGUCAUGUGUGAUUGGGAGGAAUCAGCUACCUUACUCCCUAUGUUUGUAAAAGCAUUAGCAAAUCAUUCCCUUGAUCCAAGUUCAUUAUGGGAGAGUUUAACUAGCCAUGUGAGUGAAUGUCUUUUCAUGCUGAAGGCAGAUAGUAUAGAUCAGAUUCAGGACAGAGAGCUUAAUUACUUGAUUUCCUUGUUUGAUAAUGAUUUAUAGGCUUUGGGGAGAAACUAGAACCAAGAUGUAGAAUGACAAUUAGGCAUUCAUUUGAUACUACAGUAUCAGGCUCUGGGCUGUCUAGAUUCAUAAUGGAUUUUACAAUCUGUGCACACAGGGAGAGGAAUCCUGCUGAAGUGUCUUUUUACUCACCGGGAAAAGUCCACUAGAAACUUCAAAGGUGCACUUCACAAAGUCUCUGAGUUAUAAUUUGGCCUGCCAGAUUCAUAUCUUCCAAUUUCACUGUUUUGUCUUUUGUUAUUUUAGUCAUCUCCAAAGCAGUCUAUGGCCUAGACUUCGUUCAUCAAUUUAAGAGUGAAACAUUUCAUUUGCCAUCUUGAGAAGAAAUGUUCAUAGGCUACUACUUCAGAACAUUUCAAAGAACGGUAGACGCCCCUCAAUAUGAAAAUUAUAGUAAAAGAGGGACGAUCUUCUGGGUCAGUGGUCUCCACUGUGGGAAGGAGAGUGCUAGCUCCCGUCCAAGUGCUGGCGAACACGCUUCUGGCAUUUCAGCAGUGACCCAUCAAGCAACACAGUUUGUCCACACAAUUCUAUUCUAGAGCCGGCAAUUCUACCAUUGGCUCAGAUUUUCAGAAAAUUGCUGAGAAAUUUAAAACAACAACAACAAAGAACAAAACCUUGUUCCUGGAGUAGUAAUUCUAAUUUGGACUAGGCUGUAGCCUGGAUCUGAGGAUUGUUGAACCUUCCCAGGCAAUCCCAAUAUAUUAUCAAGGAUAUUUUAAGGAGAAAAAUCAUCUACCAGAUGAAGAGCUUUUAUAGUAAUCUGAAAAUCCUACUGCUAGAGUUAUCUUGGCCAUUUCCUCACAUAUAAAAAAAUGUGAAUCUAGUGAGUCUUUUUAUUAACCUUUGAGCCAUGAAACCAUUUGAGAACCAAUGUUUUCUGCAAGUGAAAUCAUUACUUCUGCUGCAGUAAACCCUGGCAUGAGUUUAGGAGUUUACUGUAGAUAUCGAGUGGGAUAAACAAGAAUAAAAUUAUUAGAUGUCUUAAAUUAAAAAGCUGACACCUUUCUUUCUUGGAUCCUGCACAGAAAGAUAAAUAAAUUUGAAAGUAAAGGUACUUCAUGGAUAUGUGUAUCGGAGACAAUGCCUGCUGGCAACACCUUGGAAUGGAGCUGUUGGAGGCAGCCUUUGAGAUCACUUAAUACACUGAUUCUUAACUCUGGCUAGAUUUGCAUGCUUAAAAAACAAACUAUAAGUCUGAGUGUCACCCCAGACCCAUUAAGCUAUAAUCUCUCAAAAUUCCUGGCACUGGCAUUUUCUAAAGAUUUCCAUGUGUGACUAAGUCGGAAAACUUCUGGCCUCCCUUUGUCUCCAUAAAUUACGAGCAAGGACUAGAAGGAACCAGGGGAGAGUUGAUAGAGUGAGCAGAGCCCCCAUACGUUUUCCAUUGUGCUCCCUAGAAAGUUGCACCUGGACCCAAGGAGAAUUUACUGUGUCAGGUUGGGGCUAAAUUCAGCAUGCACAAAACCCAACUCCAGAGUGGCCCAUGAAAUGGCAAGAACAAAGCUUGUCUGAACCUGAAGAGGAGAAAUAAGGAAGUUUUACAAAAAUGAAAAGUUUCUUUAGCAUAUUUUAAAUUAAUUUCCUACUUCUAAAAUCAAAUUAACUUUUUCCCAAACAAGAUAAAAUGUUUUCUUCCCCCAACCUUUAUCUUCUCAAUGAUUUCCUCACCUCUUGUCACCCACAGCAGUCAUACACAGGAUCCUUUUAUUUUCCAAACACCCACUCCUACCAGGUUGUCAGCCUCCUUCUUUAGAAAAAAGGUGCUUGGCACUUCAGAAGAAAAAUGUUUGUGAGGGGACUUUUUAUUAAAGUUACCAUUGUGAACACCACUGACAAAGAAAAAGAAGAGAGCCGAUUUCAGCACCAAGAAUACAGGCAGACACUUAAAGCUUCAAUUAGCAGUUUUUAAAAAAUCAUAACUAUUUCCUCCUCCUUGGAGUUAGCCUAUUAUCCCCAAUCACAAAGCCCUUCUCGAUUGUCUGCUUAACAAAGUAAAGACGACUGACAAAUUAAAACUCAUGAUUUCAUGUGCAUACUUACUGAAUUAGUCUAUGUAUAAAAUUGAAAAAUAUGACCAACAGGAAAAUAAAACACCAUAGUCAAUUUUUACAAGUACAGAGUACAGUCCCUCUUACUACGAUAGGCUGGUCAGUUAGAUAGAAAUAAAAACGCAAUCAGAGAGGGACUGGGUGUCCAUGGUAAAAAGACAGACAUCAGAAUCAUGGCUGGAGGCUCAUCUGAAGAAGGCCAAGCCUCGAGAUAAAGAUGCAAUGCCCAGGCCUGCAUGCCUCCCUAAGAGAUCAGAAACAACUUGAAAUUAUAUAGUAAUCAGCACCACCUGAUCCAGUGAUUCCAGACAGGCCUCAGUCGCACAAGUGGGUAACCAGAGCAUCCAGACCCAUCCCUUCUCGAAAAAUCUUUCGGUUUUAGAAGUCACAGAUGACCCAAGGUCAGUGAUGCUAACCAUCUAUGUGUCUUGCUGUUCUGUUGGAUCGAUAUUAGCUAAGCGGCUAUACAUGUAAUCCUAUAGGUUGAUUGUAGUUUGACCCACGUUGUACCCACACUGUGACUUGGCUGUAUAAAUUACCCCUGACAAAGGGCCUCUGUGGCCACCCACGUUUGGGACCCCUCUUGUCCCCCAGGAGCUCUCUCUCAAUAAACCGUUCCCACUCUUAACCUCCGUUGUUCCUUGGGAUUCCUUCUUCAAUUUGGGGGGAAAUAAACUUGGCACAUAUGACAUCCAGCACAUUGGGAGUUGUAUUUCUCCUAUAUCACUACUACUACUUGUAAGGAAUAUGUCUAGCUGCCCAUACAACUGUCUUACCUCAUUUUGGAAUGUCUUUUAGCUUCUGUUUGGUUGAAAGAGUUGCAAACGUGCCCUCUACUCAUCUGUUUGACUGAGAUCAAAACACGGAGGGAAAGGGCAAGAGCAGAGGCCUGCUCAGGCUGGGUCCUGAAGCCCAGCACUACUGCAGAAUCUGCAGGUGCCAGAUGCUGGCUCAGAUUCACUCUUCGGCAUUUGUGCCGGUUCCUUACGGGAUUGUGACAUUGUGACAGGAGAAUUGUAUGAGAUGACCAUGUCCCCAGAAACUCAUAUGUGGAAGUCCUAAUUUCCAGGCCCUCAGAAAGUGGCUGUCUUUGGAGAUAGGACCUUCAAAUCACCACAAAAUGAGGGCUGCAGAUGGGUCCUGCUCUGAUCUGAAAUGAAGACCUAGGCAUAGACAGAAAACUAUCUGAAGACUCAGAGAGAAGGUGUCCAUCUACAAGCUGGGAAGGGAAGGCUCCAGUAGAAACCAGCUGUGCUGACAUCUCGAUCUUGGACUUCCAGCACCCAGAAUUCUA